AUGAAACUCAAGGCAGAGCCUGCGCGAGGAGACUGCUGUGGCGACUCUGCUCAGAGGCUACAAAACGCCUUAAUAGAGAAGAAAAUCGCGGACCAAUGGGUCGCUGAACUUAAGUGGCUCAUCCACACUGAAAGGGAGGCGAACAAUAUUUACUCGAUGGAGUUGCACAGAAAAUACGAGGACAAUUGUGCCACAAUUCGAAGAAUUGAUGAGAGGUGUCAAAAUCUGGUGCGAGAAAUAGGAUGGAUGCUGGAAUGGAUCGAGAUACCCAUCCGCAACGCCAGGAAUCCUACUGAGUAA